GUUCUGCACAGCGGUAAACCAGUGCGUGUGUGUGCGCGUGUGCGCGUGUGUAUUAGGAGUUUAUGACGUUAUUUAGUGCGUUAUUGUGAAUCUUUACACGGAGCUGGGUGCACUGUAGGUGGAAGUACAGACGCUGAGGAGUCGCUUCUUUCCCAACAGUGUGGCGCCUUUGCUGAAGGUGCAGGUGGCGUUCGAUUCUUCAUCGCUUCUCACGUGCAGUGCCGAUGCGUGACUCCUCACCAUGCGACUCUGCAUCAGGAUCGUCACUCAGCAUGAACAGUGCAGGCAGCCGUGACAGCGUGAUCAGCAUCAACUCAGGCUAUAGUGACGACAGUAUGGAGCAUCUUUCUGCUGAGGAGCGCGCAUGUCUCAUGUUCCUGGAGGAAACCAUUGAGUCUCUGGAGGUGGAGAACGACAGUGGUGUUUCAAAUGAUGAACCAGACCAUCCGUCUUUCAAUCUGACAAAUAAGAUGGCUCACCUUAGCUCUAUUAGCCAAGUUAAUCCAAAGGAGCUAUCGGUCCAUGACAAUCCCAAUAAAGUUUUGGGAAAAGCCCAUAAACCCCACAAAUUGCUAGUUCCGACUCCACUAGUUUUAGCCAACGGCAAUGCCAAAUUACUGAAAAAAACUGAUUUCUCUACGUCUGCACCAAAACCAGCUGUACUGGUUAAAACACCUAAAACCGCUUCAUUAAACUCUCACCAGUCUUCAGCGUUAAUGACUUCUGCAAGUGGAAUUACUAUAUCAGCUCCAAAUCCUGGGAGACACGAACCCAAUUCUUACACAUCCAGCAAGCUGACUGAUUUGCCACCUUCUUUUAUACCUGAGCCUCCAGUCAAACCUGACUCUUCAAAUGGUGCUCUAGCCAAAGACCACCAUCCUAAGAGUAAUCUCGAUCCAAGGUCAGAUCAACAGCAAAAGAGUGUUUCAUCCAAAACGCAGAUGGAGCUGCUUCCUCCUCCUUCAGACUUUAUGGACGCGCCAGUACUCCUUCCACCAGUACACACUCUGCCAGCAGGACAAAGCCAAGCCCAAACCUCAAAUCAACUUUCCUCACAGCUUGCAUCCCAAUUCCCAUCACAGCCAACUCAAAGUGAAAGCAUGCCAAUCGCCCCUCCUCUGGGUUUCGACGGACAUAUUGAAACAAACAAGCCUCUAACAGCACUGUCUCCAAAUGCACUAGACAAGUUGCGCAAAAAAGCUUCAAUGAAGAAAGCCCCUGAAAAAGUACCAGUAGUUCUGGUAAAACCUGGCCAUAAUGUGUCAGACCAGGCAAAUUCUCCAACCUUUGGUCCAGAUACCAGUUCAGUUACAGUAGUGGAAUAUGGAGAACCUAAAAGCCCACCCAUUGUGGCACCCAAACCCAAAAAACUGCCUUCUAACAUUGUCCUAAAAAAACACAAAGAUGCCACACCAGGUCAUUCCCUUGUUUCACCAGGUGAUUGUAUGAUGAUCAACAAGCAGAAGGUUCACCUGGAAGCUCUGAAGAAACUAGGCUUGCUGAAGAGUGAUGAGAUCAACUCAGGCCUCUGCACCAGUCCACCACUCAAGGCCUCUCCACAGACUUCCUUUAACAAGAGCACUUCUGCAGCAUCACCUUCUGCAGAACCUACUGCUGAUUCUGUCCUUGUGCAUGCCGAGCACCAUGCAGUAGUUGAGGCACAGGGCAAUACGCAGUUUUCAUUUUUACCCGUACACCCUGAAAACGGAGAAAAAGAAAAUCUGUCGAUCACAAGGUCACCGAGUCCAAAACCCUUUGAAAUGAAACCGGCAUCCACGGAUCGAUCAGGCGUAGGACUGAAAAGCCUUGCACUCGAGAACCCCUCACAGUCAACAAGCCAGGAAGAGAGUCCCGAAAAUUUGGCACUACCACUUCUGCAAAAUAACAGACCUCGAUGUGCUUCUGAGGGAAACUGGAAAGACUUUAGUCAUGACCAGAUACCUUCUGGAUCAAACAGAGAACCAGAGCUCAGGAGAUCUCUUCACAUCCCUGUUCCAUCACCGGCACAACCAAAGAUUGAGUCCUCGAAGUCUCUUCGGUCACAUGGCAUCAGCGUGGUCAUCUCCCCACAGAGUAAGAACGGCGAGGACCGCAAGCAGGCUCUGAUGAGGUUGGGACUGAUCAAAGACUAAGCUUUAAAAAUGCUUUUGAAACAGACUGUAUAUUUGACUUUGGGUCAAUAUUACUUUCCAAAAUACGAAUGCUCAUCCAAGACCAGUACAUAUCUGGAAUGGGGAGGCUAUGGUGUAGCACUUUUACUCUAGACAGGUUUCCAGCCUUGGUCCAGGAGAGCCCUCUGUCCUCUUUGAAUUCUUGGAUGUUCUGGACGUGUUUUUUUUUUUUUUUUUUUUUUUCUUUGGUAGAUAUGUGUUAAUAUUUAGCAAGUAUAAAAGUUAAUUGUGGAUGAAUUGUGAUUCUACUAGUGUGCCUGCGGCUACAUUAUUUCUAGUUGAAAUAAUGUUCAUUCAUUAGUUGAAGUAUCUGUUUGGAAAUUGAAGGAUAAUUACAAACGUCUAUACUAAAAUGCUUAGUAGUAGGUGUUUCCAUUAGUAGACAGCCCUUACACUCUGAGCAAGUUACCCUGCUGGGUUUUUUUUUUCUUUCUUAGAGAGGUCUUCAUUAUUGAAAACAAGGACUAGAGUGCAUUUGACACCAAUGCUCAGUCUGAACAUUGCUUAGCAAUGAUAUUCAAACUGUUCUUAAUUGUCCUACAAGACUUGUUUCAAGGAUACACUUAUUCUCUUUUGAACAGCACUCUAUUAUGCAUGCAUGAAAAAAAUCUAUGAAUACAUUCAUUAAUAAACUUCUCAUUCUC